AUGAACAAGUUGCCUCGGCUGCCUGAAGGCUCCAAAAUUCAAAAGCGUGCCUUGCCUCGUCGUCAACAACCCAACUCAUCAAAAUCACAACUCAUCUACGUGUCAGCGUCAACACCAUUCAUGUCAGCAGUCUCACGUGUCCGCAAGCAACUGGACAAGUCUCUCAAAGGCAACGCGCCGUCGACGAGGGGCAUGAACCUCAACCAGCGCAUCGACCUGCUCCAUCGCGACAACGGCACCAAAGGAGGGAAUGGAGAGGCUAUCGUUCUCGGCACAGGCAGAGCAAUUGAGAAGGUCCUCAGCAUCGCAGCAUGGUUUACAGAGCAGAGCGACUGCGAGGUCGAGGUGAGGACCAAGACCGUGGGUACGGUCGAUGAUGUGGUGCUCGAAGAAGAGGAUGAGGGAUUCGGUGAGGAGAGUCGUGUAAGGAAGAUCAGCUGCCUCGAAGUUACUUUCAACUCGGCUCUGGGCCUUCGAGGCGUUCUCAAGAGCCGGACCGGCCUGGCUCAGAGGUCAUGCACCAUGGCCUGCGACCUGAUAACCAGAUUUCUCCUGUAA